UCUCUGCUGUCCCUGCUGGUCUUCUCUUUUUUCCCGACUGGACGUGGAUAAACACAGCUGAGCUGCUGUGAUCGAACAUAUCCUCGAGUGACGCGUUACUCGGUUCAGAACCACCAGCCGAAACCAUGAAUAUGGAGAUGUCAUCCCUGCUCGACUCGUUUACCUGGCAAAACGCCCUCCUGGUGGCAGGAGGCGCCUACGUGCUGCUCAAUAUGAAAGGCGUGCCUUUCGUCUGGCAUAUCCGCCUCCUCAACUGCCUAAAAGAGCACAUCAUCCUGCACCGCGCGCGCAAACUCUCCAUCACCACCCACGGCGCCCAAUCCCUCUUCUAUCCCGUGAUAACCACCUCCUCGUCCCCGCUUCUCGAAAUCGACUACAACCUCCACAAGUCCAACGCCACCUACUUCACCGACCUGGACAUCAACCGUGUGCACCUGAUUGCCACUCUGUUCAAGAACCAGCUCGCGCUGGGCUUUAUGGGCGGGGAUCUGGGUAUUGCCCUCGGCUCGACUGCUUGUGUCUUUAAGAGGGAGAUUAAGCCUUAUCAGCGGUAUGAGAUUCACACGAGGGUGUUGUGUUGGGAUGAGAAGUGGUUGUAUUUUGUCAGUCAUUUCGUGAAGGUGGGAGGGAAGGGGAGUGUGGUUUUUGAGGCGGGGGGGAAGGGAAGGAAAGGGAUGGGCAUGGGGAGGGCCGGGGAUGUGGAUGAGAAGAGGGUUUUGGCGUCUGCGAUUACGAGGUAUGUGUUUAAGAAGGGGAGGAUUUCGGUCGCGCCGGAGAAGGUGUUGAUGCAGGCGGGGCUGUUGCCUGAGGUGGAUGGGAAGGGGGACGGGGACGGGUUCUGGACGUAUGAGAUGGUUGAGGAGGAGCGGAAGAGGGGGCUCGAGGUGGCCAAGUCGUUUCUUGCCCUGGAUGCGUUGCAUGGGACGUUCCGGGGGAAUAGGAAUGCGAUUGGGGUGUUUUGA